CUUCUCCGUCCGCAAUGUGCUGAUACUGACAAGAAAACAUAUAUAACAGAAAACAAAAACAUAUCAACUCAUUUCGUCUAACGUUCAUUACGGCUAUUCACAACCAACCAUGGGCUUCUUCUCGUCGCUCAGGACAGUAGACGAGUCCCAGUCGCACAUUCACAACGACAGUUCCGUGUCCAUGUCAAUGGUCCAGGUCAUCCGUUCCCGAUUUUAUGGAAAGUAUAAAGGCAAGGCGCGCGAGACGCACCAACCUUCAAUGAUUAGGCAAAGUGACCACAAUCCCCACCGUCUCAGCGCUGGGCGCUCCCCUCUCGGUACCGAGCAAUUCUUAUCACCACCACAAGAUACUCCGCGUACACAUACAGACGUAAUCACGACCACCCUUGCACAACGUCUCGACGAACUUGCUGCUGCGAAUUCUCAGGGCUUACUCGAUAACGAUGAAUACCGUCUUCUGCGGCAAAACAUCUUCGAACGGCUUGCUUCGGGUAGCUCAGUCCCACAGGAAGCUCCCCUUGUCCCCAUUGUCUCGCGCCCACCGAAUGCCUGCAACCUGGCUUCUGCCAAAAGUCCUUCACCAUCUGUCCGCUCCAAAUCCUCGAUCUCCUCUGCUAUGAGCACUCUCUUUAGACGCUCUUCCCGAAUCUCAGCUCAUACAGGUCUCACCGCAACAACAGACGAUACGUCCAUCUUCUCCGGCGGUACAUCCCGACGGCCAAUUCCGCCGCCAUACAUGCGAAGUGAUGUCUCUCUGACAUCGGAGAACCUGUCGCAUACGGGUGACGUGCAGUAUUUAAGUGCGAAUAUAAGCACCAGCAGUAUCAAUGUUGGUGGAAACAGGGAGAGAACCAGUCCGUACCGGUCCCUCCGCCGCCUUCAAACAGGACCAGUUACUCCUCCGUCUUCCUUCCGUCUAAAUAGCACAACCGGCUCACCCUCCACACCCAUUCCCUCAACAUCAACAACCCCACGCACAUCUCCAUCUCUAUCAGCAUAUACGAAUACCGCCGAUCCCGACAACCUAUCCUCAUCAGAGCUGAAGCACCAAAUUGCGACGCUUGAAGCUGAGGGCAGACGAUUACUUGAUGCGUUCAAUGGGCUUGAGCUCACCGCACUGACUCGACGUCAUUCACCGCGAACGCCUUCCGUGCGCCGAGUCCGCGUUGGAACGGGAGGGAGCGAUCAUGGUAGUAGAGGUGGGGGAAGUGAAUAUGGUGGUAGAGGUGGGGGCAGUGAACAUGGAGGCAGUGGAUACCUAAGCACCGGGAGAGGCACACCUUGCGAGGCUGAUACUCAAUCCAUGUACUCUGCGUCAGCAGCCUCCAGUGUUAGCCAACCGCGUUCCCAGCCGCAGUCAUACCGGAAUUCCUCGUUACGUGCACCGCCAUCAACAUUAUCUGCGUCGGCAAGGAAGCGUAGUAUGUCAUCUAUAUCGUCUCGCGCACGCGUCCCUACAAACGGCUCGAUGCAUGCUUCGCACUCCCCGCCGGGACUCACCCUCAGCAAACUGCGGGAACUAGGCAGUGUCUCCUCUGUUAACCUUGCACGAGACUCUUCUAUUCACCUCCCAUCGACUGUGCACAACUCGCCGGUGCGUGAAGUACCUGACGAUGAUGCCUCCAUCUCGGCGCUCGAGAGUGAGUUGAGUGACAUUCGACGCCGGCGAGGAGAGGUGACUGCACGAUAUCAAGCACGGCUGGAGUAUCUGCGGGCACAACUGCGGGGGGCAGAACUGAGGGAGAAGUUGAUGAGGAAAUGAGAAUAGGGGUCACUGGGUUGGCGUGUUUGUGACGGCUCAGUCAUUUGUAAUUGGGAUAUCGUUAUAUACCUUCGUUCGACACUACUGUUCUUUGUUAUAUGCGGAUCAUACUGGCAUUUUUUUGGUUGUCAUCCUCGCAUUCAAAAAUCUGAAUGUUAUCGGAAUUCUCCC